AUGAUAUUCCAUUUAUUGGAAAUUAAAGAGAUUUUAUGGUGUUAUGAACCACACUGGAGACAUCUGCGAUGGAUUGACAGGAAUAACUUGACCGACCAUAAUGUGAUGAAUAACUCUGUGAAAGGAAUGGAAGAAAGAAAUAAACUUUUUCAUAAAGAGAGAUGGGCUGAAAUGAGUGCUCUUGUUUUAGAAGAAUUUGGCUUGUUUAAACCAAAAACAAUCAUUGGUCUCUUCAGUCCUCCAGGAUAUUACCUUAGUUUGAAAAACUGCAAUAAUGGAAAGCUUAUGGCAACACUGGAAGAUGAGACAGGACAGAGAUUGAAUGAAGGAGUUAGAUACUUUAAGGAUGUAUUGCUUGUAGAAGCAAGAAUCAUUAUCGCUUCUGUUGUCAAGAACAUAACAUAUAGAGAAGCUGAAGAACUUCUCUAUCCAUUGAAAUAACAAAUUUAUGUUCCGGUUGAUUGAGUUUGCAAAUUUGAUAUAUAUUGGAAUAUUUCGAUUGUGAUAGCAUUGCAAAAGAUGUUCUACAUCAAUUGCUAUAUGACAUGUUGAACAAUAUUUGUUUGCAGAUUCUUUACAGUUAUUAUAUAUCACCACUGAUGAAAUAUUGUUAUAAUGUAAAAUGGACUCUGUCAGGGCUGAUCAAUUGUACUUGGUUACUCUAGAUGAACUCAUAAACUCUAAUAAUUGUGAUUUCAUUCAAAUCAAAUCCACACCAGACCAACCUGUUUUAUCAUU